UUAGGGCUAACUUAAGUAAUUUUCUCCAGACCAGGCGCCGCACCAUUCUCCUCCUCCUCCCCGCUCACUGCUUUUUGGUCUGGUCAUCAAUUCUCAUUGUCAAUCCUCUCUUCGGUUGGUCUUCAAGCUCCUCUUCCAAGAUCAGUCCUCAUCACGACAUCACCGGUGUUUAUCAACCUGCAGUGGCAGUGUGGCUCAAUCAAACAAUUACUUAGUCCUUUCCACUCUUCUCUCUCGAAUCGUUAUUCUAACUGCCGCCGGCUUGGAGAGGGUCUUUCGCUCUCCUUCUCCUUCUCCUUCUCCUUCUCCAAUCCACGGUGAUGACUACUCAAAGGAAGAAUAUAUGUGUAAAUGAGUCAUGCGAUUGUAAUCUUGAAGAAUGGUUGAUUAAACACAACGCUGAUGCUAGGUGGUCAAGUAAGCACCACACAUGGAAUUUGGAUCUAAAGCAUCUAUUAAUUGGAACUUAGAAUGGCCCACAUCAGAUACGGUGCAAUUGGUGCAGGGCAUGAUAACAGCUGUCAUAGAAUUUCAUUAUAAGAAUGGAAUUCACGGUUAUCUUCAUAAUCAUAAGAACUUUUUGUUGAAAUUUGGAAUGAAGUGCUAUUUAGGUGCACAUGUGAGAGACAUCAUUAAAGUUUUUAUUGUGCAUGAUGAUAAGUCAGAGAAAAAGAAUAGUGAUUUCAAAGAGAAAUCGAAAAAUGCUGAUGUGACUGAGUUAGCUAGCAUGAUUUGUUAUACCAUACUUGGUAAAGAGAUACAAGAGUUACCUUCUGAUUGGAUUAACCUAAUUGACAGCGUUAAUAUGUUAUACAUGACUAGUAGAUAUAAAACUGUUAUUCCAGUGGAAUUCGUGAAGAAUCAUCCAGCAUUGUGGCCAUGGCGAAGGAGAUUCAUGUUUUAUGAGGAAUGUUGGGUUCAAGCUACACAUUGGACGACUGUCACGCACAUAUCUAAAGGACAAAAAUAUUACAUCUGGAGGUGGGUUGAAGAUAUUGCAUCAAGUAUCAAAUUUGUUGAUUGGUCUUCUAAUAUUCCUGUGGAUACACCAAUGCGACGACUUUUUAAUGAUAUGCGUGGGCGGUCUAGAUUAAAAACAGAUAAUGGCUAUGAUCUCCUUCACUUUCUCAGGGUUUUUCAUCAUCACUACUGUGAUAGAGAUAAGUCGCAAAAUCUCAUUGUACAUCAAACUGAUAGCAAGAAUUAUGAGGAGGACGAAUUUAUCGAAAUUGUAACAACACAGUGUUUUCCAUUGUUUUUGGUGACCAUGUACAAAACAUUAUGCACAUAUGAUUUAUUUUUUUAGGUAUGUGCUUCUAGAAUUUAAUAAGCUAUUAUUUCUUUUUGUAA